AUGCUGCUCCUACGGUCCGGGGCUACCCCCCACUGCUUCCACCGGCACCCGCGCUGCCACGCUGGCCCCACGGCCUCUGCGCCAGCCCUGCCGCCUCCCGCAGGGACACCCCUCUGUUUCUCACAGCUGCUGGCUCGGACCAGUGCCCAGUUGAUCCUGGCUCAGCUCGUGCACACUGCUGUGCAGGCCAUGUCUGAAACCCACUCCACCCUGGUUUCACGCUCCCCGUUGGCAGGUGUGACUUACCACUUUUACAUUGUUGACCAAUGCUUACAGACUGAAGAUGAAAAGAUACUGAACUCCAUGAAAUUUUAUGUUAAUGAAAAGACCAUUGCCCAGUAUUUUGGCCAGUUGAUAGAGGUGGUUUUACACGAGGCACAGAACCUGCUGAGGCAGAUAGAGCUCUUGGGCAGUCUGUACAUCACUGAGUUGGCCAUCAGCAGUUUAUUCAGCCUUGCCCAGGAAGGUGCUCACCUCUGCUGCAUCAUAGCCAAGGAAGGAGGUGGUGUUGCUCUCCUUAAGAUCUGUAGCCAGGAUUGUUUCAGGCGCCUUUAUCCCCAGACCCUGAGAACACUGGCUUCAAUUUGUUGUGUAGAGGAAGGGAUACAUGAGCUGGAAAAGGGAGGAGGGCUGUUGUGCCUGGCUGACAUCCUCACUGAUACCAGCCAUUCUGAAGCUACUCAUGCAGAAGCUGCAGCAGUAAUUGCCCCGAUCAUAUCUCCACUUCUCAUGUUCACUCAGCAUCUCAGAAGCUUUCUGGAAGAUAAGGAAGAAAUCAUGACAGCACUUGUCAUUAAAUUUUGUGCAGGAUUUCCGAAACUGUGCCAAGAAGCCUUAUCAGGUGAAGUUUUCCUGAUGGCUUCAGCACCUCUUGCCAAUAUUACUUUCUUUGAUACCAUGGCUUGUGAAAUAUUGCUCCAGUUAAAUGCAAUGAAGAUUCUCCUAGCAGUGUGCUCAGACAAACAUACUCCUUAUUCCCGGGAUCAGGUGGUAACAAUAUUGGCAAAGUCUGUCUUGGACCAGUGUGCUUCAGAAAUCAUUCAAGGAAAUAGUGUUCAACUUCUAAUGGAAAUGCUCUUUGAAAAAUCCUCCUCGGGAAAUCCAGCAGAUGUUGCAGCUUGUGAGCGAGUCCAGCAGAAAUCUGCAGUUACACUGGCACAGCUCAGCCGAGAUCCUGAGGUGGCAGAUGCAGCCAUAAAACUCAGCUGUGUUCCUCACCUGAUUAAACUUUGCAGAUCACCGACAGAAAGAAAUAACAGUGAAUCGGUUUUAAUGGCAAGUCUGGCAGCCUUGUGGAGACUAGCAGUUAUGAGUCGUGAUGGACUGGAAGAGUCCGAUUUUCAGCAGCUGGUAAAGCCCAGACUCAUGGAUUCUUUUCUGCUGUGCACAAACAUGGAAGAGAGCUUUGUAUGA